AUGUGCUGUUUAAAAAUUUUUCGUAUUUACUUUUCCAACACGAAUCGAGAAUCAAAUGAAACAUUUCCUCAAAAUACGAACCCGACAAACGUGACAACUCCGCGACAAGGAGAAAGAGCUUCAACACAUACAGUAGUAACCAUCGAUAACGAUACGAUUAUCGUUCCAAUACCUUCAUCUUCUAACGCACAUUCCUUACUUAUAAAGUAUCAAAAAUCUCCAGAAUAUAAAGAUGAUUUUACUAUUAGUUCUUCAGCACAAUCUUUGUUCUUUGUCGUAUUAUAUUAUGAAGUAUCCGAACGUAACCCGGAUUUUCCACGAGCUCAAUUACCGAUUAUUAGUAGAAAAGCUUGGGAUUUGGCCGACCAGGAGUAUAAAGACGCUUACGAAUUGCUUUUAGAGCAUGAGGAAGUUAAGAAAUGUUUUGAUGAUUAA